CGGUUAACAAAACACACAAAACAGUCUUGAAAAAAAACUAAUAAAAGCAACAAAUUCGAAAAAAAUGGCGACGCGAUCUAGGGUUAUCACCAUGUCUCCUCUCAUUCUCGACCAGGAAGACGCUCUCGAUCUCUGGGAAGUCGUGAAUCCCUCCGACGGCGAGUUCUCCGAUGAUUCUUUCUCCGUCGAUAGUCUUUCCGAUGAUGAUGUCAUAUCUCUUGACGACGACGACGCUGGCGCUUCCGUUUUCUCGUCUUCUGUCAUCUCUCCGCUGCCUCAGACGCUUACAGUUGCUGUCGGUGCUGAUCUCCCCGUGGAUCUGGAUUUAGACUUUGGUGGUGUUGGUGAUCAUGGCGGUGACGUAGUUCGCGGUGAAGUUGAUGAUACCGAUCUUGGAUGGGCUAAACGGCAGAUACUGUUUCUCAGUGGAGGUUCUCGUGUAGUUACGUACGGAGAUUGUGUUGAUGAUGACGGCGAGGAAGAUCGCGGUGGUGAUGAUGGUGAUUACGACGAUUCCUAUGAUCUUGACGAGGAGUUGGUUCCGCGUAGCGUGAAUAAGAAGCUGGGGAGACAGAGGAUGAGGAAAUUGGGGAAAAGAGCGAUCGCCAAGGCCUAUGCCUCGAAGAUGACUCCGUACUCGCACUUGAAAUAUGGAGGCGUUCGUGGUAAGCAUGGUCUCGGCAUGAAAUUCAAGUACUGAUUAUGUUGGAUUCCGAAGUUUCGUCGACGCCGCGGACAUGGAUUCUUCAAGAACUCGUUUAGAAUUUCUCAAUUUCUGGGUUUAAUUGAUGUGUAAAUUUGGUAGUUCAAGUUCAAUUUCUCUUUCAGUAAUUUCGGAUGUUUCUGAAGAUCGAUCUCAUUGUAUAUAAACUCGCAUUUAGGAUUCACGAAUGUGUCCAUUAAACUGAUUCGCUCUCUUUGUGAUGGUUUUUUCAUGGAGUUGUAUCAGAUCAGAUUGUGGUUA